AUGCAGGCUCGUCGGGGCUGGCUUCUGCCAGUCGGCAGGGCACUGCUGAUACUGUUAUUUUUGACCCAGUAUGCAUUUGCGGGAGACAUAUCGAGAAGUAGCAUUCAGCCAAGCUCAACACCUAAUGCGAGCUCACGAACACGGUUCUCAUCGAGCACUUCUCGCCGCACGAGCAGUACUUCUACCCCUUCAACGUCCGGAAUCAUUUCAACCCCAUUGGUCCUGUCAAGAAGUUCCUCCCUUGGACUUUCUAGCAAGACCAGUCGAACCACCACCGUGAACCAAGCCUCUAGCAUUCUUGUUCCGAGCUCCUUAAGUGUCGCUUCACCCUCUUCACAUAUCGUCGCACCCUCCUCAAGCACGUUACCGCUACCUGGAAGCACAAGUACAGCCUCGGGAACUUCCCGCUCAAAGAUUCAAAGUACCGAUAGCUCUGUUGCUUCAAGCACAAAGCCAUCUGUUGCUGCUGGAGGAGCAACUUCUAGCAACGAUGUCCCCACGGCCGCCAGCUCCAGCACCAGAAUUGGCGGAUCUGCCAGUACUCCACUGGUAUCCGUUACGCCUGUUAUUAUCACAUCUACCAUCGUUCAAAAUGGCGUCACCAAGACUGUUCCCGUUAUUGUUGGGGGAUCAGAAACCCCGAUCACUCUUCCACCAGUCACCACAACCGUCACUGGCGCUCUAGCUACAUCCAGUGUCUCAUCCGUCUCUUCUGAGAUCAUGGCCCUCAUCCCAAUCCUGAACUCUUGGAAGUCUGAGCCCGAUUCUCUGAAGGAAAGCACAUUAAAAUCGGUGGAGAAUGUCAAGAGUGAUGUGGAGAACAUCAUCUCUAACCUUGGAGGUAGCACUUCAUCGUCAUCACCUUGCAGUUCCAAGAAGCGAAGAAAGAGGGGUCUUUUUGAUUUCAUCAGCAAUGCCAUCAGCGCAUUGGCGUGCAUUGGCGAAGACUUGACCCACGUAACGGAUGAUAUCAAUCUCAAUGAUAUUGAAGGCGUUGAGGGGCUUAUUAAUUCUCUCACCACCUCAACGGAUGAGUUGAAUGAUGAGGACGAUAGCGAGUCAUCGAAGACAGAUUCAACCUCGUCCACCUCCACCUCUUCAACUUGUACUGCAUCAACCACUACCACUGCUCUCCGUGUGACUGUUCUCUGCGAGACAACUUCAAUCACUGCAGACGGUUCCACGUCGACGACAGAGACCUGUUCUCCUUCAACUGUUACUAUAACAACAACUGGUUGUGCCGUGACUGGGCUCACGACUACCAUUUCGACAGCGACAACAACUUCAAGUCAAGUACCAUGUGCAUCUGACACCUGUGGUGAUUCGUGCCCCAUGAGUAAAGGGGUAUUGAGUGGGACAAUUAGUGCUUCAUCAACCAAUUACUGUGCAUCUCUCGCGACAUCCUACACCUCAGCUCUCCCAACCGCUAGCUAUGGAGUGGUGGACACUGAUGUGUUUGCUACCGACACACCUACCUCCGCAUCGUCCAAGAAGCGAAGCGCCCGACCGCGGGGCCAUGGCUUGCCAGCAAAGGCCGUAGGUAAGCGAGCGCUGCCCAGCGUGGCUCCACCAUACUCAUCUUACGUUUCUGCAUUAAAACCAUCAUGGGUGUCCCAGAACGGCGAUGCAUCUGGGCAAUGGUUUGGUUUCCCUAUAUAUGGCCAUGUUGCUGCCGGAGUAAAUGGUAUUUAUGGAUGCACUUCGGUCAUUAUCGUGUCUGAGAAAGGUGUCUACGUAUCUCACAUCUGGGAGGUCCCGGUCUUUAUCGACACUGAUUAUAAAGAUACGGAUGACAGUUCAUUUAAAGCGAUUGCUUUUGAACAGCUUCGAGAUGGGACAUCCACUGCGCAGAGUAUUACCGCGCUCGUGGGAACGGAUGAAAAUCCUGGAGUUCUUCACGCUAUCUAUGCCCCAAAGGUUUUCGUUCUCACCCCAAAGACCAGCGACUGGGACAGGGAUGUGCUCAAGGUCACCACCACAUUACGAUAUGACAGUCGUGCUCGUCAACUUGGACAAUGGAUUGCUAGUGUUGUCCCAGGAUCCGGGGGCAGUGCGAUGACUCUUGGGUAUCAACGAACGAGUCGGCAAGAUUCCACUGCGGAAGGUGGUACAGCUGGUCGGGCAAUUCUCGAAGUUGAUCCCUUCCAAUACUGGCUGACCACACCUGAUGUCGUUGACAGCCCGGGUCUGCAAGUUGGUCAAUGGAGACUCUGGGUAGAAGACCAGUUGAUUACCACACAAGACUUCUGGACUCCAAGAACCAUCCCUCUUACAAAACGAGAGAUUGGCUACGCCAACCCGUGUGGGUCGAGCUCGAGUGCUUCUCCCUCGUCAUCGACUCCGGUCUCGAGUAGCACGAAGAUCAAAUCCUGUGCCAUUCGGUCUAGGACUGCUACUGUUGAUAUUACAAGUGUGACUCCUUCAAGCUCGGUCCGAGCUUCAACCCCAAGCACGACGUCAUCCACAAAGUCGAGUACUACCAAGUCGUCUACGACCUUGACAUCUACAACCAUCUCAGCCAAACCUUCGGGAUCUGCAACUUCAGUGAUAUCAACUACUCAUUCCACUACACCUUCUGGAUCCACGUUCUCCCUUUCGUCCUUCACUACCCGUGCCUCAUCGACUGUGACCACGUCGGCUAUACGGUAUUGUCUCAAUUAUGCAGAUCAUACCACCGACUACUGUACCUGUUCCUCGACAAGCUCCGGUUCAGUACUGUACACCUCCCUGCCUUUGAUGACAGAUGGAUACUGCAAGUACACCACGUUCCCAGCUCCAACCACCACAACGCAUUCGACCUCCACACCGACAACGAUCACUGCUGCACCGACAGCAACGACGACUUACUGCCUCAACUAUGCGAAUCCUCACAGUAAUGUUGACUAUUGCACAUGCUCAUCAACUUCCGGAAAGUCUGUAUACUACACAUCACUGCCCCUGAUGAGCGAUGGCUAUUGUUCGUACACAACUUUCCCGAGCAGCACCAACCCUUACCCAUACACGAAGACUGCGGAGGGCUCAGUGAUUGCGUACGCCACGUCUACCGUGUCAAUACUCCACGUCGCGGGCUAUACAUUGACCGAAACAUAUGGGUCCGGCAGCAGCACGGUCCUUGAAACCCCUGCUCCCACGGGAUUCCCCUACACGACAACUUCCGACGACACGGUCAUUGCAUACGCCACAUCGACAAUCUCGUACAUGGACGUUGCUGGAUAUAAGUUGACAUUGACCUACGGCGCGGGUUCAUCAACGGUCGUUUCCACCCCGGCACCAACUGCAUCUUGCGCCAUGUGGUCCGAGAUUGCGGCUUACAUGUUCCUCAUCUAUGACAUUGAUCACUGGGACGUUGAUGAAGAUGACUUGCAGAGCAAGCUGAAGAGCGAGGAGUCUGGAUGCGGUGCUAUUACUGCUUGGGACUUCAACACAGCAGUGAAUGGGUCUGCUGGAGCCAAAUUCAAUCUUCCGACCUUGAUGAAGAGUGGCUGUGUGGAGAGAGCUGUCAAGUCUGCUGGUGGACCGUCCAUUAGCUGCUCGGGCCACGGUACUCAUGUUUUUGAUGGAGGUGACAGCGUGCAACAGAUUUAUGAUGCGCUUUAG